CUCCGUCAGAUCGCUCUCUCAAGUUAAAGAUGUCUGCAGCAGGCGAGGGCGGUAACGGACCCGGUCCCGGUUCGGGACCCUCUAACCCCCGGAAGUUUAGCGAGAAGAUCGCCCUGCACAACCAGCGACAGGCGGAGGAGACCGCCGCCUUCCAGGAGGUGAUGAUGGGCAUCACCUCGACCCGGUUACAAGCCCAGAAAGUGCGGCUCGCCCGGUGUCAAGGCACCUACUAUGGGGGUUCCCUUCCUAACGUCAACCAGAUCGGGAACAGCACCAGCGAAUUCCAGGGCCCGUUCCACUUAAACCUGGAUUCGGCUCGCGGCGCGCGGCACCAUGGCCUGCUGGAGAGAGUGCCCCGGGAGCGGCGUCUCGUGUCUCCCCUGCGGCACUACCGCCGGCAAAUUGACAGCUCCCCCUACAGCUCGGCGUAUUUAUCACCGCCUCCUGAUACCACCUGGAGAAGGAAUUUGCAAUGGCCCAGCAACUUUCCAAUGGACAAAGGACAAUUGUUCAGACUGCCUUCCUCCGCUCUCAACAGAACAAACUCUGACUCUGCACUGCACACCAGCGUCAUGAACCCCACCGUCCAGGACUCUUUCAACUGCGGCCCAGGGCUGGCACCCCAAAACAGGAGGAGCGAGUUGGCAGAUGCUGAAAGUGGCAGAAUGUACCCCUACCCAGUGCCCCCCAUAGAGGAGAACGUGCUGGAUGAGAGGAAGCAGCUACUGAAGCCCUGGAACACGAAGAAGUUUCCAAUCCUGUCUUCUCGACCGAAAUCCUGUGAAGUACCUGGCAUCAAUAUCUUCCCGUCUCCGGAGCAGCAUUCCAGCAGCGCCCUCGUCCCGUCCGCCCUGAACACGGGGGGCUCUCUGCCAGACCUGACAAACCUGCACUUCCCCUCCCCCCUGCCCACCCCCCUGGACCCUGACGAGCCCCCCUUCCCCAGUCUGAGCGGGGGCAGCAGCACGGGCAACCUGGCCAGCACCCUGACCCAGCUGGGCUUCGGAGUGGAGCCAGCCUUCCACUCGCAGGGGCCAUCAUCAUUACAGGGUUCCUUUAGCAACCCCUCCCUUCAGUCGUCGCUAAGCAACCCCAACAUCCAAUCCUCUCUCGGCAGCCUAGCCUUCCAGACUUCCUUUAGCAACCCCUCACUGCAGUCGUCCUCCCUCAAGUCCUCCUCCCUCCAGUCAUCGCCUAGCAACCAGUCCCUGCAGUCAUCACUUAGCAACGCCUCCCUACUCUCCUCCGUCAGUAACUCCUCCCUUGGAAGUCUGUCCAUCCAAUCGACUGGCAGCAACCCUAGCUACAGCAGUGGGGUUGGCUCCUCCUCCUCUUCCUCCUCCUACUCUCCAAUGAUGAUGCAGAGCCAGCAGCAGCCCCCGGCGGUGUCACUCAGCACAUCGCCACGGAGACGGGCUCCGCUGAGCCCCCUGCUCCUCCCACUGGGCGGAGAUUUGAGACGGCACCACCCCAAACAGUUCUCUCCUACCAUUUCCCCUACGCUGUCCUCCAUCACACAGGGGGUUCCGCUGGAUACCAGUAAACUGCCAAUGGACCAGAGACUGCCACCGUACUCCUACAGCCAAACACACCAGCAGCCAAUGCAGCAGCAGCCUUCCCAGCAAUCCUUGCAACAGCAGUUACAACAGCAAAAUCAACAGCAACAACAAAGGCAGCAGCUGCAGCAGCAGAAUCAGCAGCAGCUGCAACAGCAGCAGAAUCAGCAGCAGCAGCAGCAGCAGAAUCAGCAGCAGCAGCUGCAACAGCAGAAUCAGCAGCAGCAGCUGCAACAGCAGAAUCAGCAGCAGCAGCUGCAACAGCAGAAUCAGCAGCAGCAGCAGCAGAAUCAGCAGCAGCAGCUGCAACAGCAGCAGAAUCAGCAGCAGCAGCUGCAACAGCAGAAUCAGCAGCAGCAGCUGCAACAGCAGAAUCAGCAGCAGCAGCUGCAACAGCAGAAUCAGCAGCAGCAGCUGCAACAGCAGAAUCAGCAGCAGCAGCUGCAACAGCAGAAUCAGCAGCAGCAGCAGAAUCAGCAGCAGCUGCAACAGCAGAAUCAGCAGCAACAACAAAGGCUGCAACAGCAGAAUCAACAGCAACAACAAAGGCAGCAGCUGCAACAGCAGAAUCAGCAGCAGAAUGCGCAGGAGCCAAUGCAACAGCAACAGUUUCAGUAUCAGAAUCCGCCCCGAACGCCUCAACUCAGUCAGUCCCUCGUCUGUGAUUUAAACCUGUACAACGAGUCGUCUCUGCUGAGCUCUCUCUUAGACGACCCCUAUCUGGGGCUGCAGCUGACGGCCAGGCAGACUCAAGCCCUCUCCCAACAGAUGGAGCAGUUCAACAUGGAGAGCCAUGCAGGGAGCCUGUCGCUCAGUAAUAACAGCAGCGGAGGAGGUGGGUUCCCGGGGGAGCUGCAGGGCCAGGCCUUCUCCCCGCUGGAGUCGGGCAAGCACAGCAACCUGCAGGACCCCCAGCUCCUGAACAAACAGAGGCAGAGCUACACAGGGGGGCGCCAUGGCAACGUGCCCAGCAUCAUCCUCACAGGAGACUCUCCUCCAGGUCUGUCCAAGGAGAUCGCCAGCGCUCUGGCCGGGGUGCCUGGCUUUGAAUUCGGCCAGUUCAGCCUGGAUGAUGCCCUCAGGAUGGAGCCCCUGGCCCUGGAGGGGCUGGGCAUGCUGGGGGAGGCUGACCUGGUGCUGCCAGACCCCUCCGUGGAGGAUUCCUUCCGAUCGGACCGGCUCAAGUGACAGAACCAGCAGCACUGAACGACCCAUUCAGACAGUCAGUCAGAGACCUGCACGCUCACUCCUGGCUUUCAGAACUAACCUCGCUUGUAUUUAGCAUUUUAUUUUUCAGAGCUCACUAAAGCGCUCACCUCAUGACAGCCGUUUCUGACCAGCCGGAGAUAUACAAAGUCAAAGCUGCAGAUCUUGAACCUUUGGCAAGCCUCUGAAGGAUGCCAUGGAUCAGCAUCAACGGCAUGGCUAGGUAACCCCUUCCACCCCCUCCUCCCCACUCUGUGUGAAGAAGAGUCUGCUGCCGUCUUGGGCCAUCUGUGUCGUCUGGUCCUGGUUUCUGUGCUGCGCUUAAAGCACCGGUCAGGCUUUACUGUGUUAAAGGUGUCGGGUAUUAAUUUGCUGUGAUUUCUUAGCUUGAUUUUCUCAGCCCCGGCUGCAUUUGGUCAGCUGCUGGUCAGAAGCCAAGAUUAAAUAGAAAAUGAUCAAGCAGCAAAGCCAUGUUACACGUGUUUGGUUGUUUUUUCUUGACGUUUUCAAUCUCAAAAUAGAUUCAUUUAUUAGGGUAUUUUGGGGGCCCCUUUUUUAAAGGGGCCGGGACAUUGAGUGCUUUUAAAUGUUCUUCCCCUGUAACUGCAUGAAAAUCCCCCAGCAGUAAACCUACAGGCGAGGCUUAUCCACACUGUGAUGAGGAGUGAGGUCAGUCCAGGCUUAGCAGGGGUCUGACUGCUGUUAGGGCUUUUCUACCUGAACCAGGGGAGUUCUGAACCCCAGGACUGGGUGCAGCAGCAGGGCCAGUAUGAGUUGAACCCUGCAUUUACUGUAAUAUAUACUAUUACAGGUUCACUUGUGUAACUAGAGUUCUCUGUAAAGCUGUGGGCUUUGUUCACAUUUGGUUUGUUUGGAACCUAAAUUCAGUUUUUGAAAGAAGAACUCGAGUAGCUAGUUUUUCUUCCACAUUUCUCUGAACUGAUUUAGCUUUCACAUUGCAGUGAAACACAGACCCCCCCAAAGCUCUCUGUUCGGUGUGAUUAAACCAGCCCAUGAAUCAAACUGUGCCUGGCCACCUUGUCAGGGCGUGUGUGCCUGUUUCAGGGUUGUAGGAAUGCAGCUGGAAAUCUACACAGCUGAACCCUUUCUGUACUGCAUAAAUAUUCAAAUUGCAUAAAUAUUCAAGCUGUCUGGAUGUUCAGUGCAGUGGGUUUGAGGAGCUCAGUGGUUAGAUAAAGAAAGC